AAUAAGUGAACUAAAGAGCGCAAUCGAAAGGAAGCCUCUCAAGGCGAGGAGUUCGCGAUUAGCGUUGCCUUACCGGAGUGUGCACGUUUCUACGAACGUUAUCCAGCAUUUAUUCAUUUCUGCUGUAAAAACGAAGUCUCGCAAUGGAUGACGAGUGGGAUGUGGGUAACGAAUCCAAAUUCGACCUCGCUGUGAGGUCAAAUAAGUGGGAUGGUGAGGAUGAAGAAGAAGAAGAAGUCAAGGACAGUUGGGAAGACUUUGACGAAGAAAAGAAAGACGUGGAAAAACCAGCUGAAGUGCCGAAGGCUAAACCAAAACCUAAGAAAACUUUAGCUGAAAAAAUAGAAGAACGUGAGAGAAAGGCACGCGAAGAAGCUGAAAGAAAAGCAAAGGAAAAGGAAAAGGCUUUGACACCAGAGGAAAAGAGAGCAGAGCUUCUAAGGCGUCAGAGGCUACAGGAGGAGGCUGACCUACGACUGGCAAUGGAAACCUUUGGUGUCGCAGAGCCUGUAACAUCCGGUCUGGAUGCCAUGACGCCUGACACUAACGAGGAAUUUGACCAGUUCUCGGACGCUCUUCUCCAAAAGAUCAACCAAUUCAACAAACACACGGAAUUCCCAGCCUUCGCCGAGGAACUUAUAAAAGGAAUCGCAGUUAGCUUGUCUUCUACAAGUCUGAAGAGGGUCAAAACGACAAUAGACAACCUUGUCAUCGAGAAGGCAAAAAUAGAGAAGGGUGACAAGGGUAAGAAGAAUAAAGGCAAGGGCAAGGCCAAACUGAAGAUUGAGGGCGAGAAUACCCACCUCAAUGAAUAUGACGAUUACACGUACGACAAUGACUAUGACGACAUCUUCAUGUAGCGGCCUCAGGAGUUAACGCAAGAGCUAGUCACCCGGGGUGAGGAGAUAAUUCAACGAGGGUCACGAGAACGAGUGUAAUUGAGACUAUAACCGGUUCGCGAUCAGAUCGCAUAUAAAUAAUGAGGACUAUUAUGUAUGAGAAUUUAGUGCGUAUGGAAUGUUUCUACAUAUAUGCACAAGUCUGCCCGGGUGAAAUCCAGCAGCAUCAGGAUGAUUCUAACAAAGUACAUACGAUAAAUCCGACAACAUGGCUGAGCCUCGACUUCUAAGGACCAUGAACAAUCUGUAGAAAGAGUAAACCCAGUGCUGAUCAUGCAGAGAAAAUACACAGUUGGCCUAUUACGAAUAGGUUAUUGUGAUUUAUGAAAUAUGGUGCACUUCUGUGCUACUGGAUGCUCUUUCGGUUACUCUAACCCCUGGAGCUUCCAGAAAACUUUCUCAAGGGAUGCUCUCCUUCAUCAGGAUUGUCGCCUAAUGUACUCUAGGCUCCCUGCCCCUAAAAUCUAUUUACUGUUAAUGAUGUAACUAUUAACCCACUGGCUUUGGUGUUAAUUCAAGAAAUAACAUACUAUGACCAUGGGAAUAUUUUUCUGUUCUACGAAACCCUCAGUGAAAAGAAGCAGUUUGGUUACCCUUUUGUUAUAAUUACAAGAAUAAUCUUGUAAUACAAAUGCAUGGAUUAGCAUAUAUUCUGAGCCAUCUAUGAACAGAAUGAAAUUCACGAUGGUUAAUUGAACAGUUUUUAUAAUUAACAUUGCUUAAAUGUAUAUGUAUAUAUUAUAUAUAUUUAUAUAUAUAAUAUAAUGUAUAUGUGCAUGUACCUACGUCGAGAUUGGUUAUAAGUUGGUUUUGAGAAGAGUAUAUUGCUAAAUAAAGGUUGAUUUCAAAUAA